UAUCAGGAGACACGUUCUUCUUCUUACGAAACCGACUUUGUAGUUUCUUCCUUUUUUCCAUUACACAAAUACGAAAAAACGACAAGACAAAAACAAAAGAUAAUAAAAACUUAUUGAUAAAAGCUUUAGAUAUUUUAUAAAUAAAUCGAUUCUCGCGUUUGUUUAACUUCUUGUUUAUUUAUUUUUCUUUUCUUACAGAUUAAUUCAUUUCUCCUACAUGAACGAUCGAAUGGGGGAAACAGGAUUCUCUAGAGAAUCAUCGGCGGCGCCAGAGAUCGUGCUCUCUGAGACGGAGAUGGCGGCGGCGGAACAGCUUAUGCAGCUAAGCGAGGAAGAAACGGUGAGCUGUAGCAGCAGCACCGGUGGAGAUUAUGGCGGCGGAAGAGGAGGAGGCGGAGGCGGAGAUAAGACAAGGCAUGAAGAUGUUGUUAGCUCGAGAAUCGGAAACGAGCAAAACGACGGCGUACGCUGCGAUUCUAAUCUUGGCCUGAAGAGGAAGAGGGAGAUGGCGAAGAUGAAGGAGAAGAAGUUUCGUUCUCUCGAGAGUAUUUACAGAGCGACGAAGGAGAUGAGGGGUUAAUUAAUGGAUCGUAGCUGGUUAAUUAUAUCCAUCGCUUGCUAAUUACGUUUGUUAAUCGUUGUUUAGUAACCUGUUCGAUGGUUUUUUUUGUUGUUGUGUGUAUAUGUUUAGUCCUUAAUCUAACGUUGGAGCUUGAGAAUCUGUGAUACUAAUAGUUUUUGAAGAUCUUCAGAUGGAAAUUGUAAACAUUUUGGUUCCGAUAUGAGACGUGUGGUAUCUUAUCUAUUAUUAUAAUUUUGUUUUCCU